AUUACUAAAUGACAGGGCCUACUGAAAAAGCGAAAUUGAAAUUACUUUCACUGGAAUUUAGGCAAAAGAAUCUUAACUUUGGUAGGGACUUGGACCACCAAUUAGAUGUUAGAAAGGUGGUGCAGUUUUUUUUUAUUUUUUUUUGGUAAGUAUAAAGUUGGAAUUAAAAGGUGGUGUAGAUUCCUUUUCACUUCUUUUCAAGAGACUAGUAAUUGAAAUUGAGCGGCACUAUGUUAGUCAAUCUUAUCAUCACCGCACAGUGUAUGUUCUUAUCAUUCUAAAAGAUCCAACCACUUGCAUUAAUGUGGAGGGUAACACCCACCGCAACCAAAAGAAAUAAAUAAAAAAUUUUGAAAUUUCAUGAAUGGUUCCCGGCAACUUCAUUUUAUGCGCAUCCAUCCUCCAAAGUAAAGUAUAUAUUCGACCAAAAGAAAAAAAAGUAGUGUGUAUAGGAAGGAAAAUAUUUAAUUAAUAAAAGGGGGGAGAGAUAUAUAUCUUGAAGUAUCAUAAAAACACACAGUAAUUUUGCAUUCACGAAUUAGUAAAGUUGUCAAUAUAUGGCGGCGGUUGGUGCCUCUUCUUCCUCAUCUUCUUCUUUAACUCGAUGGAUUUACGAUGUUUUCUUGAAUUUCAAGGGCGAUGACACUGGCAAAAACUUUGUGGACCAUCUCUACGUGGCUCUGCAACAGAAAGGAAUUUACACCUUCAAAGAUGAUGAGAAACGUGAGAAAGGAAUCUCAAUUUCUCCGGAACUCCGCAAGGCUAUUAAGGAAUCAAGAUUUGCAAUCGUCGUUUUCUCAAAAAGUUAUGCUACUUCUUCUUGGUGCUUGGACGAAUUGGCGGAGAUCAUUGAAUGCAACAAGAAUGGACAAACAGUUUUGCCUGUCUUCUACAACGUAGAUCCUUCAGAAGUACGGAAACAGACAGGGAAUUUCGCAGAAGCCUUUGCCAAACAUGAAGAAAGAUUCUGCGAGAACAAGGAAAAGGUGCAAACAUGGAGGGAAGCUUUGGUGGAGGCAGCAAAUUUAAGCGGGUGGGAUUUAAACAAUAUAGCAAAUGGGUAUGAGGCGAAGUUUAUCCAAGAAAUUGUUCAAGAGAUUUUUAAAAAAUUGGGGUCUACACCAAUAAGUGUUGCCAAGUACGAAGUGGGGAUAGUUUCCCGUGUGAAUAAAGUAAUCAGUUUGUUGGACAAUAGGUCAAAGAAUGUGCACAUUGUGGGAAUUUGUGGAACCGGCGGAAUAGGAAAGACAACGAUUGCUAAAGCAGUUUACAAUCGAAUAUUUGAUCAAUUUGAAAGUUGUUGUUUCCUUGGCGACGUGAAAGAAGUUUCAGAACAACGUGGUCUAGUUUGCCUCCAAAAACAACUCUUGAAUGACAUUCUGAUGGAAGAAGAUUCAAAGAUAUAUAACAUUGAUUAUGGAAUUUGUGUGAUGAAGAAAAGACUUUGUUACAAGAAGGUUCUUGUAGUUCUUGAUGAUGUGGAUCACUUGAAGCAAUUAGAAAGUUUAGUUGGAGGAAAUGACUGGUUUGGUUUUGGAAGUACGAUUAUCAUAACAACUAGAGACGAACGUUUAUUGGUAGAGCAUAAAAUUGAUCAUGAAAUAUACAAAGCUGAGUUGUUGAAUGAUGAUGAAGCUCUUGAACUUUUUAGUUGGCAUGCCUUCAUGAAGAACCAUCCUGUAGAAGAUUACUUGGAACUCUCACGCUAUUUGAUAAAUUAUGCCAAAGGCCUUCCAUUAGCUCUUCAAGUUUUGGGCUCCUUUUUAUUUGGAAGAAGUAAAAAAGAGUGGGAACAUGAGCUGGAUAAUUUGAAAAGAAUUCCUAAUAGAGAGAUUCAUGACGUUCUUAAGAUAAGUUUUGAUCGCCUUAAUAAUACCGAGAAGGAUUUAUUCCUCGAUAUUGCUUGUUUCUUCAAAGGGUAUGAUAAAGAUUAUGUGAUGGAUAUAUUGGGCAGUAGCGGGUUUUACCCAAGAAUUCCAAUUCUUAUUGAACGAUCCUUGAUAACUAUCUCAGACAAGAAGUUGCAUAUGCAUGAUUUGAUACAAGAAAUGGGUAAAGAAAUAGUUCGUCAAGAGUCACCUGAUGAACCGGGCAAACGCAGUAGGUUAUGGUUUCACGAAGAUGUCUAUAAAGUACUCAAAGAGAAUACGGUGACAGAAACAAUUAAAGGCAUUAUGCUAAACCUGCCCUAUGGCCUUCGAUUAGAGGAGUUACGUGUAAAUGUUGAUAUCUUUGCGAAGAUGAAGAGACUUAAACUGCUCAAACUCCGCGGCAUACGGCCUUGUGGACGCCUUUCAUAUCUUUCGAAUGAAUUAUGUUAUCUAGAUUGGGAUGGUUACCCAGAAAGAUAUUUGCCAUCCAGUUUCCAUCCACAAAAUCUUGUUCAUCUUCAACUUCGUAAUAGCCAAAUCAAACAAAUUUCGACUCACAUCAAGUUUCUAGGGAAAUUAAAACUCCUCCAUUUCAGAAAUUGUCCAUAUUUGGACAAAACUCCUGAUUUAUCAAGUCUUCCAUGUCUCGAGGAUUUAAAUCUACAAGGAUGUGCAGAUCUAGUUGAGGUUCAUCUUUCCAGCGGAGUUCAUGAGAGGCUUGUAAGUGUGAAUCUUUCUGAAUGUAAAAAACUAAGGAGUCUCCCAAGAAGCAUUCACUUGAAAAAUCUCGAAUAUCUUGUUUUUUCAAAAUGCUCAAAACUUGAGACGUUUCCAGAGAUUCGUGGGGAUAUGGAUGUUUUAAAAGAACUUGAUUUACACAUGACUGCAAUAAAAGAUUUACCCGCAUCAAUUGAAAAUCUUGGAGGGCUUCAGACUUUACUGCUAGGGAGGUGCAAAAAGCUUAAAAGUCUUCCCACCAACAUGUUUUCUAGAAUGAAGGUUUUAAGACAUAUUGAGAUGCAAGGAACUGGUAUAAAACAGUUACCAUCGUCCUUCCAACACUUGAGUAACCUUAUUUUCCUUAUUCUAGAUGAUUUUCAAGGACGUCCAUCUCCCAAGAUGUCAAGUUCAUUGAUGCUAAAUUCAUUCUUGGAAAGGAGAACUCCCAAUUCAACUUAUUUGCAACUGGAACUGCUUUCCCAUUUGUGCACUGUAACUCAUUUAGAGCUCAAAAACUGCAAUUUAUCAGAAGAAUCCCUACCCAACAAUUUUGGCCACCUAUCCUCGUUGGAAGAAUUAGAUCUAAGUGACAACAAAUUCACAAGCAUACCAGCAAGCUUCAUUCAACUCACCAAGCUGAACCGCCUUUAUUUGGAGCGUUGCACCCGCCUCCGAACACUGACAUCACUUCCGCCAUCUGUAUUUUGGGUGAAUGCAAAUGGCUGCGAAUCAUUGGAAUGGUAUUGGUUUCCACCAUGUGUAGACAGUCCAGACAAUCGGGGAUUCAGAUUCACUGGGUGCCACAAAUUGGAUAUGAAUCAAAGCAACAACAUGCCAAAUAUAUAUUCACAAAGUCAUCUCCAGGAAAUCGGUCAAAUCCUUUUUCCAGGAAGUGAGAUUCCACAAUGGUUCAGCCAUAAGAUUGAGGGGGAAGGCUCUUCAGUGUGUUUAGGGGUGGAUGAUCAUCAUUUACAUUCUUACAAUAACGUCAAAGAAUUUGUUUUUUGUGUUGCUUUCAAAUUACAUGGAAUCAUCCAAGAAGAAGCUGAAGUUGUGAUCAAAAUCAACGGCCAUGAAUUCUGCCGGUGGCUUUACCAGGAUAAGGAUAUCGGGUUACAUAACGCCAUUCUUACUCAUGUAACGGAAUAUUACGAUGAGUAUGAAAAGGCCAUCCGACCAAUUAGAAAUUUGUUGAACAAGAAUCCAUCAAUUGAGCUGGAAUGCGUCGAAGAAAGUAACAACAAAGAAGUGAAAGUGGACGUCAAGAAAUGGGGUAUCCAUCUAGUAAUGGAGGAGCAAGUUGAGACGUCCCAGCAAGGUUAAUGGCAUCAUUUUGUCAACGAAUUUUAGUUGCUCAGCAAGGUUGGUGAGGAUGGACGGAUAGCCCCAUUAUAGAAUGCUAUAUAUAACACACAGAAAACGAAGAAGAAGGUUCUAUGUUUGUGGAGCAGCAUCCUAGCAUUAAGAGGCAAAGGAUCCCUUGUGUACUUUUGUUGUUAAUUUUGUGUUUGUUUUCUUGUCGUCUGAUGCAAUGGUUGUAGUAGUAGUAGUAGCCGGAAUUUUGUUUGUCCAAAACCAAGAAGCUCUGUUGUAAAAAUAGUUUCAAUUGUGACAAGUAUGUGGAUGACAGAACUGGAAGACUGAAAGUGGACCUAAAAUGUUGGUAUUAUAGUAUACACAAAA